ACGUAGCACUUCAAACAUAUCCAAUAACUUCAUUACUCUACUCUGAGUCAUUUCCAUCCUCGGUCUCGUAGAAACAGCAGUUAGUCUACAACCUCCAAACGUGCACAAUGUUUCUCUUUGAUUUACAAGUGUCGGUCAUUCAACUGCUUUCACUUUUUGGUGUCUCAAUUCUCUCCGGGUACUACUUCUAUUAUCGGUACUGCUACACCUAUUGGAAGAAGAAAGGCGUUCCAACCAGCAAACCUCGGUUUCCAUUUGGGGAUCUGUCAUCGUCAGCGUGGGGUAAACAAAGUGUUUACAGUCGACUGGAGACGCUCUACCACCAGUUCAAAGCCAAAGGAUAUAAACAUGCCGGGAUUUAUUUUUUCAACGGGCCCAUAUAUUUUCCCAUAGACCCAGAUCUGGUCAAACGAGUGCUAGUGACCGAUUUCGAGUAUUUCGUAGAUAGAGGAAUGUACGGAAACGGGGAUGAGUUACCUCUCAGUUGCCACAUUUUCUCAAUGAAGGGGGAAGAGUGGAAAAAUAUUAGAACGAAAAUGUCGCCUAGUUUCACAGCCGGGAAAAUGAAAAGUAUCUACAAUAUUGUGGUCCACAAUUGCGAAAAUCUGGUCAAAGUGUUCCAACCUUUAGCGGAGACGAGAACAGUCAUAGACAUUAAAGACAUUCUAAUGCGGUUUACUGCUGAUGUUAUCGGUUCUACGUCCUUUGGUAUUGACUGCAACAGUCUGGAUCAUCCCGACACUGAAUUUUCCAGGAUGGUCAACAGGAUUUCCAAUCACUCGGGAUGGAAACUACUAAGAGUUGCACUAGAGGAGGGGCUCCAGAACCCCGGAAAUAUCGAAAAAAUUGCAUACAAUGAUAAGGUUGUGGAAGACUUUUUCACAAAUUUGGUCAAAGAAACGAUGGAGUAUCGGGACAAGAACAACAUCAUCAGAAACGACUUUUUGCACAUGUUGAUGCAACUAAGAGAAUCGGCCGGAAUGUCACUCAAAGAAAUAGUUUCCCAGUCAUUUCUCUUCUUUAUUGCUGGUUUCAAAACCUCGGCCUUGACCAUGUGCUACUGCAUUCACGAACUGGCCCACAGUCAGGACCUUCAGGACAAGGUGAGGGAAGAAAUUCACAAAAACUUAGGGAGAGAUGUUAGUAAGUACGCCUACGAGGAACUCAUCGCUCUGCCAACUUUGGAUAAAGUUGUGAAAGAAACCAUGCGGAAAUAUCCUCCUCUUCCGAUGUUGAACCGCAUCUGUGUCAAGUCAUAUCAAGUGCCCGGAACUGACGUCGUGAUUGACAAAGACACUCCGGUGAUUAUCCCAGUUUUGGGACUCCAAAGAGAUCCGGAGUUCUAUCCCGAACCGUUAAAAUUUGACCCGGAACGGUUUAGUAAUGACAAUAACAUCGUUCCGUACACUUAUCUACCGUUUGGUGAUGGGCCCCGGAACUGCAUAGGUUUGCGGUUUGGAAUGGUUAAGACGAAACUGGCUGUCGCCGCGUUAUUAAAUAAUUUCAGAUUUUUGGCAAGUUCGAAGACACGAAGGAAUCUUGCCAUUGAUCCAAGUACUACCUCAAUUUUGUUCAAUGUUUCCGAGGGUAUUUAUACGAAGAUAAUUAAAGUUUAAGUCUGUGAAUUGUGAUUGUUUAUGUUAUUAAAAAGUUUUUCUUUA